AUGGAAGAACCAACCUACGACCCCAGCCGCCCAAUGCCGGCAAUCAAUAUCGCCUACCAAUACAAACUAGACAACUGCCCUGGAAAAACCAUCGUAGGACUCCGCAUCGAGUUCAAACCCAACGGAUCAACCCCUCCACACCGACACGGAGGCUGUUCAGUCUCCGCCUACUUGAUCAGCGGCACACUGCUGAACAAGAUGAAUGACUCUCUCAUGAAAGUGAUCGAGACGGGCGGGACCUGGUACGAGGCGCCGGGUUGUCAUCAUCGGAUCAGCGAUAAUGCGAGCAAGACUGAGCCUGCAACCUUGUUUGCUAAUAUGGUGGUGGAUACUGAUGUCUUCGAGAGGGAUGGAAUGGAUGCACUGCUUCAGAUUGACGAGGAGUAUCGUUGA